UGUUGUUUUGAUCUGUGUGGAUGUUGAGUUGCAUGCAUUAUCCACGGCUGUCCCAAAGGAGGCCAGGAAACAGAGCUUAACACAAUGCUGUAUGCACUAAACAUGGUUUUGCUCUUGCAGAGGAAUGUAUUGCCUACUAUUCACAGCCAUAUGAUAGAUUCGCCUUGAAGUUUGUCAGCAUGAUUGUACAGCAGGACCAAAUCACUCUUCUUAUUUUCCUUCAUCAGUGAAACCUGUGCUGUGAAGAUGUAACUUCUGGGGAGAGGUAGCUUUAGCCUGGAAUUAAAGAGGCAGUGACAGUUUGAUUUCCUGCUGUGUCAAUGAAUGGCUUACUAAGAUUAAAGUCCUUAAACGGACAAAGUCAAAGUCCGUGACAAACUCUGUGCAAUAAAGAAAUCAGAAGUGUUUGUGAGUAGCUUUUAAGUGUUGUUGUUGCUGAUCAAACUAUACAUAUCAAGAGAAAUGAUUUAACUGAUCUCAGAUCAACACAAAGGGCAACCUCAGUCAAAGGUUUUGUUUAUUAUGAAUACAGCAGGUGGACUUCCCCUCCCUCCACACACCCCCUUUCACUCGUUCAAUGCAGCUCUCUGACCAAUCACAGCUCCUGCUGUCUCAUCAGCUAUUCAAAAUGCAGGGCGGUUAAAAUUUAUGCUUGUUUUCUCCUGCUGUCCUUUAUCCUCCAGUGGCAACAUAUGCAUAGUGGCAGUUAAGCUCUUGAAUAGCUGUGAGGAAUCACAUCUGAAUUCAUUUACUACAUUUCUGAGAGUUCAUGUGGGAUGCAUGCGAUUUGGGACAUUUUUAAAAUCAGUCAAGCUGUGGUUUUACUGUAACAUGGACUGUCAGAAGGCACAGAAAGUGACACUGAGCUGUUUCAGGCAAUGGCAGAGAUCAUCUUUUCUUUUACAAACUCAUGGUCAACUCAAACUGACAGUUACUCCGGGCAGCGGGUGGCUCUGUGUUCAAAUUCUGGAGGCCAGGGGACUCAUGGGAAGAGAGUACAAACCAUGUGACUCCUAUGUAAAGAUAAGUAUUGCUCCAGAUGUUGACCACAGCAAGCGAUGGAAGACCAGGACCGUUCUAGACGGCAAGAGUCCUGUUUUCAACGAGACAUUUAUGUUAGAUGUGGAUGAAGACGAUCAGAAGAAGAGGCUGUUGUUAACAGUGUGGAAUCGCAAUAGAACAUCCAGGCACAGUGACUUCCUGGGCUGUAUGAGUUUUGGUGUCCACUCCCUCAUCACCUCAUCUAAGGAGAUCAGAGGUUGGUAUUAUCUCCUGGGAGAGGAGCUGGGCAGGAGCAAACAUCUGAAAGUGGCCUCACGUCGCAUCAGACAGACCGCUGCUGCUGCAUCCAACUAUGAAGCUGGACCCGAGACCACAAGUCCAGAGAACAUGCAGUCAUUUACAGUGACCAUAUUAAGAGGAAAAGAUGGUUUUGGCUUCACCAUCUGCUCUGACUGCCCUGUACGGGUCCAGGCUGUUGAUCCAGGUGGUCCAGCUCACCAGGCGGGUUUACAGCAGCUGGACACAUUACUGCAGCUGAACGGCCAGCCGGUUGAACACUGGAAGUGUGUGGACCUGGCUCAAGCCAUCAGGAAUUGUUGUAAUGAGAUCACAGUGGUGGUGUGGAGGACAGUGCCUAUUAUGAAGCCUUACUACGAGGGGCUUAUCCACAGGCCUUCCUACAAACCCUCCGGAUUUGAUUCUCUCUCAUCUGCAAAGACUCAAAGCAAAACCCCACCUUUACUCUCUCGACCCACCAAACACAAACAGGGUCGUCGUAAAAAAGGAAGUGGCUCUGAUAACACGGGAAACGGAGUAGGAGAGUCACUCUGGUCUUGGACUGGCAAACGAGAAGAAAAUGACUACAAAACACGCACACAGACCCUCAAAGGUACCCGUGUGACAUCUUCAAAUGGUGACAACUACAUCAUCCUCUCUCCUGUCAGUCCUGGAAACCAGAUCUUGCAGCCAGUGUAUUCUGACUCCAAUGGCACACUGGGAACUCUAGGAAGAAUCUAUCAGACUGGCAGAGGACUGCAGCAGAGCCCAGACUACCUGCAGAAUGGGGGGCUGCAAGCACAAGCCACCUUGUGCAGGUCUAUGAACAGUAAGACCACCACCGUGCCUCCUUCAUCCUACAGACAGAGCUUUGCCAACUACCAGAACUGCACCAUAGUCCAGUCCCACCUGCCUCACUCCAACUAUGGCACAUACGUCAGUCUGGCCCCCAAGAUUCUCAUCUUCCCAGUUUUUGUUCAGCCGCUGGACCUGUGCAGCCCUGAGAGAGUCCUGAUGUUGUCAGAGGAAAUGAUCCUUCAUGACAGUAAACACAUAGCUCUUAAGGUUACAGUGUUCAUCUACACAGACCUGAUGCUGUUGACCAGGGAAGAUGAACCGGGCCGUUGUAAUGUUCUACAGAGUCCACUUUACCUCCAUGAGAUACAGCUGCAGGACGUUCCUGCAGACAAACUGCGGCUGUACAUCUCCUACUGGAUAGAGAGGACCGAAUGUCUGUUCAGCCUGGAAGCCUUUUCAUCCGAGCAGAAGAGGAGGGUCGUUCAGUGUCUGAGAGACAAUAUUGACAAGCAGCUCACCCUGAGGGACAGAAUAGGCCCCGACCAGAUGCUGGAACCAAAAGCAGCUGAACAGGCUGAUCUGGGUCUGCUGGGCUUCAGCCCUCACAGUGUGUCUGAGCCCUGUUCCCCAUCAUGCCCCUCUGCAUCGCCCAUCAUGAAAAGAACCAACUGCAGCUCUUCAGCUCAGCGGCUCUCGUACCCAGACUUGCACUCCAGCACGGGAGACGCCAACCAAACCGCUCCGACCUCUCGAGACGCCUGCAAACCUCCAAACCUGGACACCUCCGAGAUAUGGAAGGACAGACAGAAGGAGGUGAAAGGAGGUGGCCAAGAGUCAGAACUGGAGAAAAGGGAGCAGGGGGAGGGUGAGAGUGCUUCUGAGACCAUCAGCGUUGGCGCCAGACCCACAUCUUCAUCGUCAUCUUCCUCACCUUUAGUCAUUCCCAGGCUGUGCCUGGAUCGCUCCUUCAACGCAGAUGCUUUGACCUCACCGUCAACUGACGAUGAUGAAGAGGAGGAGGAGGAAGAUGAUGAGGACACAGAUGAAGGCUUUCUGAAGAGGAGGAGUAUGGUGGAAUCAUCUCCUAGCAGUGGGCAGCAGAGCGGGGGCUUGUGUGUGCAGAGGGCCCUCCACAGACGGACACACAGCGAGGGCAGUUUGCUGCAGGAGCCCCGGUCUCCUCGCUUCAUCUCCGAUCAGGCCAUUGACUGCAUAGAGGCCAAGCGGGAACCUUCGGAGCGCUGGGCGGUUCCCUCCCCACAGACCCUGAGGAAAGAGCUCACCAAGAACAGAGGAUCCGUCCACCAGAUCUGUCUACUCUUCACUGGAAAGAGGGUUUGUGGCAAGCCGAACUGUAAAUGUGACACGGGAAAAAUUGGUGUCAAAAAGAAGAAAUCCAAGAAUUUGUGAGUGAAUCUCGUUGACAUAACUGUCAAGAUAUGUACUGUAUGUCACCCCAUGAUCAAAAGUUUUUAUUAUUAUUAUUAUUUUGCAAUUAAGAAAUAAAAAGCCUAUUUGUAGCACGAUUAAAUUUUUUACAUUGUAACUGUUUUCAUGACAGCAGAAAACAUUCUCAUUACUAUAUUAUCAAAAAGGUUUUAUCUGGUGAUGGUAGCAUCAGAUUUAACUGCCUCAAAGCAACAAAAACAAGUCAAACGAAUUAUUCAAUAUGACUAAUGGCUUGACACCAUGAGGUUAUACCAACAAAAAUCAUUUUGCAUUAUAAUAUUGAGAAUUAUCAUAAAAACGGCUCAUUAUCAUAAAAAUAAUGUAACAAUAAAAAAACAUAAUGGUCC